ACGUUUUGCCGUAUCCAUACAUAUUUAAAUAUAUUUAAUUGGCGUGCACAUUUUUUCACCCACAUUUUUUCAACCCUUUCAAAUUCAUUGUUUCGUCAUUCUCCCUGGAUCCUAAGUAAUCAGAGCAGUCCAACAAAUAGAUAAAGCCAGAGGAUAAAAGAGAGUACAAAUUUGCCCUUAAAUCCACCACUGACACAGUUAUCCCCCAAAUAUUCAGGGCAUACCAAGUUUUGUCCCAAUUCAUUAAUUAACCAAUGGAUUUAACCACCUUUGUAUUUUCCGGGCUACCCGUGAUAAUUCAACAUUAUGCGGAUUUCUACAAACAACGUGAUUUGGACUCCACGCUAAAAGAACUCGAACCCCAACAAGGCCUACCUAAAAUUCAAGAGUAUGAUUUUAUUGUCGUUGGCGGCGGAACAGCGGGAUGUUUGGUGGCGGGCAGAUUAUCGAAUAGGUUCAGCGUCCUUUUACUGGAAAUGGGGGGCGACCCACCCCCACCCGUUUAUCCGGCGUUUAUCGGUUCCAAGAUGGCGUAUGAUAUAAGAUCACACCCCUCAAUUAAUGAAAUUUAUAAGUCAAUACCUCAAUUAACCUCCGCUUUGGAUGAUGACGGGAUUGCCACAGUCCACGCGGGUCGAAUGCUGGGUGGUACAGGUUCCCACAAUGCCAACGUGUACAAUCGGGGUUCUCCGCUGGACUUCGACAAUUGGGCGAAACUCCUCGGUGACCAGACUUGGGAUUAUAAAAACAUGUUGAAGCACUUCACAGAUUCUGAAAAUUUUGUGGGACCACUGGUCAAUGAGAGGCAACGUUACGAAUAUUAUGGGCAACAUGGACCCUUAAGGGUGGACGUGGACCUUCCGGAAUAUUUGGACACGUGGAUUCUGGCAGGGAAGGAACUUGGAUACAACUAUAGCGAUCCAAAUGCUUACCAAACACCUUCGUUUACUGCUCAAUCCGUUUCCCUUCGCAACGGGUUAAGGGAGUCCACUUACGACGCCUUUAUUAAAAGGAAGCUUAUUUGGAAACCCACAAUUCACAGAUAUUCACAAGCAGAAAAGAUUUUAAUUGAUGACAACAACAACGCUUAUGGAGUUGCCUAUACCCGUCACGGGAUCCCCCAAAUUGCUCAUGCAAAGAAGGAAGUUAUCGUUUCCGCAGGGGCAUUCGGGUCCCCCAUCCUCCUAACGAAAUCUGGCAUCGGAUCAGCAGAUGUCCUUCAGGCUGCUAAAAUUCCAGUCAAGAAAGAUAUGCCUGGCGUGGGUAAAAACCUUUGGGAUCACGUCAUGCUUGUCCUCCCCUUCCGGCGGAAUGAUUCUUCCCAUCGCGACCCAAAUUUCGAAGAGGAACUCAAGAAAUUCCAAAGGAAUCCAAGCAACCGCCAAGGCUAUCUCGCGCAUCAGCGCAGAACGCAAGGCUUUGUCGCUUCCGCGCGCGCCAAAGCGGACGGCGAGGGAGACUGGGCAGACCUCCAAAUUCAGCUGGCUGACCUACUCUUUCGCGAAGAUUAUCCAGAUACCGUGGUUUUGGAGGCUUGUUUAGGGCGCCCAAAAAGCGUGGGGGAAUUCCUCUUCAACACGACCGCCUACCUCGCGGGGGAAACUGCGAAUGGGAAGUUGGGCCUCAGCAAUUUCAAGUAUUUUAGUGAUCCUACCGACAUGGACGUGGUUGUUGAGGGGAUUAACCUGUGUAUCAAGAUUAUGGAGGGGACACAAGCUUUCAAACCGGGCAGGUACAAGUUGGACGAGUCUCAUAUUCCCCAAGCUUGCCAGGGGUUGCCUAGAAGAUCGGCGGAAAUGUGGAAGUGUGCCCUGCAAAGGUUGGCGACAACGCUGUGGCAUUGGGCGGGGACUUGUAAGAUGGGGAAGGACAGUGAUGCUAUGGCUGUGGUCAAUUCGAAAAUGCAGGUAUUUGGGAUUACAAAUUUGCGAGUUAUCGAUGCGAGUGUGAUGCCCAAGGUGACAAACUCUAAUGUGAACGCCCCCACGAUGGCGGUUGCGCAGAAAGGGGUGGAAGAAAUAUUUCGGAAGCAUCACUCCUUUCCGAAAGAAGGCAUGACUGAGGAAGACUAAAUACACAUUUUAUAGAAAUUCACGCUUAUCGAAUAUGAGUUUUAUCUACAUUAAUAUCAUUGAAAUUGGCUAGUUAUUGUUGAGCAUUUACUUAAAGCUAAAUACUAUGGACAAAUGUUUAAAUCUUUAUUUAUUUAAUAAAGGUUGAGUUUAUUUGG